CCUGAGCGUGUGGGCGGGGCCGGAGGGUCGCUGCUUCCCAUUGGUUGGACGCCGUGUCCGUCGCGCAGCGCCGAGCGGCCAUUGGGCGGUGCCGGCGGCCGUCCCGCGGCGGCGGCGGCGCGCGGGGGAAGAUGUCGGGCGGCGACGCGAAGAAGCUGGUGCGCUCCCCCAGCGGGCUGCGCAUGGUGCCCGAGCACCGCGCCGCCCGCAGCCCCUUCGGCCUGGACGAGCCGCCCUGGGUGCCCGACAAGGAGUGCCCAAGAUGUAUGCAGUGUGAUACAAAAUUUGACUUCAUAACUAGAAAGCAUCACUGCCGAAGGUGUGGGAAGUGUUUCUGUGACAAGUGCUGCAGUAAAAAAGUGCCUCUGCCUCGCAUGUGCUUCGUGGACCCGGUGCGGCAGUGCGCGGAGUGCGCCCUGGUCUCGCAGAAGGAGACAGAGUUCUACGACAAACAGCUCAAAGUGCUCAUGAAUGGUGCUACAUUCUUUGUAACUCUGGGAACAUCUGAUAAAUCUGAGCUCAUGGUUUGUCGACUUUCCAACAACCAGAGAUACCUGGUUUUGGAUGGAGACAGCCAUUAUGAAAUUGAAAUUAUACAGAUUUCAACUGUUCAGAUACUUACAGAGGGAUUUACUCCUGGAGAAAAAGAUAUUCACACUUACACCAGCCUUCUGGAGAGCCAGCCUGUUACUGAAGGAGGCAACACUCGUGCCAUAGGAAUGAUCCUGCAGUACAAGGUACCAGGGUCGGAGGAGGUGACGCAGAUGAAGUUUACUGCUGGUGAAGACUUCAGCUGUAACAAGAAGCUGUCAGCAGCCUGGCUGGCAGCUAUGCAUAAGGCAACAAAACUUCUCUAUGAGUCUCGAGACCAGUGAGAACUGCAGAUGUGGCCUCUUGAGGGCACACACAGACACCAGCCUCCACAGACCUGCCUCUCACUUUGUGCUGAUUUGACAGCUGGAAAUAUUUGCUGUUCUUGACUCUCUCUCUCAUUCCAGCGUGGUUCAUUAUGUAAGAACUGGCAAAUGCAAUGUGAGUAUUUUUUUGAACCAUGAGUAUUCACGGUAGUGUGCAAUAUGUAUACAGUUAAUGCUUUAAACAGCCUCACCUUUUAAGACUUUGUAUAUUUUGUUAAGCCUUUACUGGCACUUAAUAUGAAAGUGACCUGCACUACAGCUAGUGUACAGCACAACUUUUAUAGUAACCAUUAUAUAUACUGUUUGCUACAGGAAGCAAACAAAUGUGUACAUCUCUUCUGCAGAGAAUAGCUUUUGGGUAUAGAUCUCAGGUUUUUCCCUCUAUCCAAAUGUUUAAAAUCAAUGUACAAAAAAACUGCCUUAGAUAUGAUUUUAUAGAAAUCACGUGAGUUUUUUUAAACAUUUAAGUAUCUAAAUUUUUCACCAAAUACCACCAAAUUUGACUUACAUGAACUUGACCUUAAAACUUCACUUCUAUAAUAAGCUUCCAGAAUAAUUUUUAGUUUUGUAUUUUCUUUUUUGGUAAUGAGCUUUUGUUAAUCUAAUUGUAAUGCUAUCUGAAAUUGUAUACAAUUUAAUGUACAAAUAUGAAUAAAUUAAUUCACUUAUU